AUGCUGGUCCAAAAUAUGACAAAGCCCUGGGUUCUCUACGCUGUACCUCCACGCGAGGGACACAUGCGACCAGCGCUUCAAAUCACCAAAUAUCUCUUCAGCAGCGGCUUCGACGUCACGGUCUUGGGAACAAAGAGGUGGAAGCCGACAAUCGAGGCAGUCGGGGCCCACUUCAGUCCCAUCAUCGGACUCUGGAAAACCCUCGACGAUCCAUCUCGCUGGCCAGACAUCGCACACGCAUCGGAUCCAGCCACGAGACUUGCCGCAUCUCUCGAUGGGGGAUUCAUCUCGUUGCUACCAAGCGGGCUGGAGUCAGUGCGGGUGGCGUUGGCGGGUAUGAGGCGACGAGAGCCCGGCUGCCAAAUCAUCGUUCUGUCGGAUACGUGCUUUUCUGGGACGCUGGCGUUGAAGUUGGGCACCGACUUGCCAGAACUGUUUGCAGAUGAUGAGGUUGUUCGGACUAUCGGGAUCGGUGUCGUGCCAGUGUUCUGGACCAGCCCUGAGCGGCCACCAUGGGGAUCUGGACUCCCUUUCGAUGACAGUGAGAAAGGGCGGACAAGGAAUGCGAAAGCAUUCAAGGAGACGUGGAACAGCGCUGCUGAAGAUCGCGCGAGGUGGGUUUUGGGAAUGAUGGGAUGUCCCAAGCCCGUUGAGUGCCUUUACGAUGGACUCUCAACGAGCAUGAAACAUCCCUUCUGGGAUGCAACGACGGUCUGUCACGACACAGUCCUGCAGAUGUGUCUCCCGAGUCUUGAGUUUCCUUCAUCCGACUGGCCACGGAAAAUCAAGUUCGCGGGCACACUCCCGAUCAAACCUAUUCCAACUGACCUCACAUAUCCAACGUGGUUCAACGACGUUCUCUCAAACAGCUCAUCUCUCCAGGUAUCAAAUCUCAAUCGCAAGAAGAUCAUCUUUGUGGCCCAGGGAACGGAAGUCCUGGACCACAAGGAACUCAUCAUCCCGACAAUGAAGGCCUUUGCUACACAUUCCGAUGUUCUAGUCGUCGCGUGUCUUUGCGUGACCGGAGCAACUCUCGACACAAGCACUUUCAAGGACGGGAAAUUGCCCGCAAAUGCUCGGGUGGUGGAUUACUUCCCGUAUGACGCGAUUCUGGCACACGCGGACGUCUUUGUGUCGAACAGCGGGUACGGAGGGUUUCAGCAUGCGGUUUCGAAUGGUCUUCCUAUGGUGCAAGCAGGCAACACGUUUGAUAAGCCAGACAUUGGGAGAAGGAUCGAGUGGUCUGGCUUGGGGGCGUUUCUAGCCGAGUCACCUCCAUCUGUGAGCGCCGUGGAGCAGGCAGUCACAGAGGUUCUGGGUGAUGAGAAGUAUAAGAGACGAGCAGAGGAGCUUAGGAAAGAAGCGGACACGUUUGAUCCGUUGCGAAUGAUUGAAGAAGAGAUUAUGCGUUUAGCUCAGUCGACGGUGCCUUCGUCAAGUUGA